AUGGUAAGUGAUAAGGAAGAUAAAUGUAACAGAAUUAAUAACAAUGAUAAAAUUAAUAGUCUCGAAUGCAUUAAUGAAGAAAAAAAAAAUAAUACAGAUGAAGGAGGAGAAAGUUUCUUUGAUAUUAAUGCUGAACAAUAUUUAAUUAUAUCAUUAAGACAAAAACUUAAUCCAGUUAUAAAAAAAAUAAAAAGAGUUCGUUAUAAAUUUAAUAAUAUUAUUCCAGAUUUUUUAGUAGGUAAAAAUAAUGCAUGUCUUUUUAUAUCAAUGAAGUAUCAUCGUUUACGCUCAAACUAUUUAAAAGCUAGAAUAGAAACUUUAUCAAAUAAAUAUAAUAACAGAAUAUUAUUAUGUCUAGUUGAUAUGGAUAAUAUUGAAAAUUCUUUAGGAGAAAUAAAUCAAUUAUCUUUUUCUUUUAAUAUGACACUUAUAUUAUGUUGGUCUAAUGAAGAAUGUGCCAGAGUAAUUGAAGAUUUUCGUAUUUAUGAAAAAAAAAUUUCUUAUAUUAUAAAAAAAAAAAUUUCCUCUUCUAAUCAAGAAGAAAAAAUACAUGAACUAUUAAAAAAAAUUAGAUGUAUACAUACAACCGAUUGCAUAACACUUACAACCAAAUUUAAAAAUCUCAAAAAUAUUAUUCAAGCUAAAAAAGAAGAUCUAGUAAGUUGCUCAGGGUUGGGAAUUAAAAAAAUACAGGCUCUAAUGGCUACAUUUAAUGACCCUUUUUUUUAA